AGGGGGGAUGAAGAAGCUGACGCAGGGGCGCAAGAAGAUCCCGAUGGAGCGCAUCGAGGACGCGAACCGGCUGCAGGUCUGCUUCUCCAAGCGCCGCAAGGGCCUCGUCAAGAAGGCCUUCGAGCUCUCCGUGCUCUGCGGCGCGCAGGUGGCGCUCAUCGUCUUCUCCCCCGCCGGCAAGCCCUACACCUACGGCCAUACCUCCGUCGACGCCGUUCUCGACCGCUUCCUCCUCUCGUACUCCGGCGACGUGGAGGCCGAGGCGGUGGCGGCGAGCCAGCAGACGGAUCUGAGCGAGCUCCUCCGCCAGGAGGAGGAGCUGAUCAAGGCCCGCGACGCGGAGGCGCGCAGGGGCAAGGAGCUUCAGGCGGAGGUGCGCGCCGCCGGCGUCUGGAUCGACGGCGACAUGCGUCACUGGGAGCUGCCGGAGCUCGAGGCCGCGCUCGCCGCGCUCGAGAGGGUCCAGGCGGAGGCCGCGAUGCGCGCGCACGAGAUCUUCGCCCAGGACGCCAUGAUGCAGCAGUGCACGGCCGGCCCCGCCGGCCUCCUCGGCUACCUCGGCCCCGGCUCGUCGUACACGGGUGACCCGUCCGCCGGCGGUCAUGAAGAGAUGGCCAUGGACAGCACGAUGAAGCUGACGGGCGGCGGCUACAGCAAUAACCUCCUGGACUACCAUGGCUCCGGCACCUUCCCCGCCGACGGCACCCGCAGCCAAGAGGUGGCCAUGGAUGCGACGACGAUGAGGCUGACGGGCAGCGACGCCAGCAGCCUCUUCCACUACCUCGGCGGCUCCGGCCCGUUCACUGGUGACGGCCCUGGCGGCGGCGGCAAUGACGUCUCCGUAGACACGACGAUGACGUUGAUGGGCGGUAACGUCAGCUAUGCGCUUACACCGACGAUGCCGCCACCGCCGCCACCUCUAUCUCUGCCUUUCAAUCAUGGCUACGGCUACAAUAACCUUGGCACGGGCUAUGGCUACAAUAACCUUGGCACGGGCUAUGGCUACAACCAAACCGAUCAAGGCGUUGGCCAUGGCCAUGGAGCCUUCUACGAAAUGGAAGGGGUUUAUGGGACAACGUGCAACUUCUUUGCAUAG